CUGCCCGCAGCCCUCCCGUGCGGUGCGAAGAUGGCGUCGGGCGGCGGCCCCGCGGCUCGGGAGCUGUUCGCCGAGGGCCUGCUUCAGUUCCUGCGGCCCGCGGUGCGGCAGCUCGAUGGGCACGUUCACGCCGUCAGGGAGAGCCAGGUAGAGCUGCGGGAGCACAUCGACAGCCUGGCUACAGAGCUCUGCCGCAUCAACGAGGACCAGAAAGUGGCACUGGACCUCGACCCCUACGUGAAGAAGCUGCUGAACGCACGGCGCAGAGUGGUGCUGGUCAACAACAUCCUGCAGAACGCUCAGGAACGGCUGCGGAGGCUGAACCACAGCGUGGCCAAGGAGACACUGCGGAGGAAGGCCCAGCUGGAGGCCACUGGGGGCUACCCCCAGGGCUUGCCUGGCAAGUAGACAGCAGAGCAAGCUGCUGGCAAGGGGACCAGCAACCCCCUGGUUGUAGCAAUGUCUACAGGACAGAGUAAGAAGUCCUGCACAGUGAGGUUGCAGCUGAAGGAGCUGGGGGGUACCUCAAAGUGUAUUGCACCAUUUGUAGGCAGCAAAAUAAAAGGGACUGCUUGGGGCUUA